UAUCUAUGUUGUUCAUGUUACCCUUUGUAUAUCUAUUAUCUAUGAUGUCUAAGUUUUUAACCUAAUGGACGGAUUGUAAAUUGUACAAAAAUAGUGUGAGGUAUAUUUACAAAUUUUCUGUUACUGAAAUGGUAUUACUUAAUUUACUUAAAAGUACCGCUUCAUAUUGCCAAUAUACUCAGAUAAGGUUUAGAUAUCAUGCAGAUAAAAUAGCAAAAGGACCUUUAAUACGAAGAUAUGGGUACGACGAUCCAAUUUUACAAGGCGGUUUAUUACCACGGGUGGUUGGUGCAAAAAAAUUACCCAUGCCUACGUACAGGCCCAAAAAUGCAUGGUCUGAAAAAAAGGCCCUUUUUGGACAAAACGAUUACAUAGAUAUCUUAGGAAAUGAACGUUUGCAUCCCACCCGAAUACUCUACAAUUUGCCCUCGUGGCUUAGAGGUGUAAAGGGAAAUGAAUAUCAAGUUUUAUUGAGAAAACGUAAAAUAUUUGUUAAAUCAGCAUAUCCUAUAGUUCGUCCAACUAAUUGGAAAAAUUUAACCAAGCGAAUAAAGUAUUUAUACUGUUAUUUAAAUAGAAAAACUAAAACUGGUUUGGAUAAAUAAUAAAAUAAGCUUAUAUCAUUACAAUGUUAUUGAAA